AUGGUUUAUUUAUCGUUCCCCUAUCUUUCAGGCAGACGCGUCUACUCUCAAGCCAACAGUACAGGAAACCAUGGACCCCGACUGGUGGAUGGGGAGAACAGGUCCCCUGGGCGAGUGGAAGUGCUGCAUGAAAGUCAGUGGGGAAUGCUGUGCGGUGAUUCAUUUGGAUUAAAAGAUGCCAGUGUGGUCCGUGAGCACCUUCAAUGCGGGCUUGUAAAGUCAAUCUACAGAGCAUUUCGAUCUUGGAAAGGAGACGGACUAGUGUGGAAGGAAAACUAUAGGUGCCGUGGAGAGCACUUCCAGUUAAGGCUAUCAGAUGGUGGAAGCCCUUGCGCUGGUCGAGUGGAGAUUUAUUACAAAGGGACAUGGGGAUCUGUUUGUGAUGACUCCUGGGAUUUUGUUGACGCUGAGGUGGGUUGCGAACAACUGGGAUGUGGAAGUGCACUGGAUAUGACAUUUCCUUCCUCCUAUGGAGCGGGCUCGUGCCCAGUUUGGUUGAAAGAUGUGAAGUGUUCAGGAAAUGAAGCAUUUCUUUGGGAAUGUCCUUCAGCACAAUUGGGUCACCAAGACGACUGUUCUCAUAAAGAAGAUGUGAGAAUUGUCUGCUCAGAGAACAAGGAGAUGCGGCUGGUGAAUGGAAAGCAUCGCUGUGAGGGGAGAGUGGAGGUGUUCUACAAUGGGACCUGGGGAACAGUGUGCUCAAAAAGCCUCGAUUUUCGAGAUGCAGAAGUGAUUUGUAAACAGUUGCACUGUGGUGGCGUCCAGGAUGUUAUGUACGAAACUGCAUCAUUCGGAACAGGGCAAGGACAAAUUCGGCUCGAUGGGAUUGAGUGUCAGUCACACGAAUCGACCCUGUGGCAAUGUCGAACAAAUCCGUGGGAUCAACACGAUUGUGAGCACAGGGACGAUGCCGGUGUUGUAUGUUCAGGUAACAUGGCAAAACUUCUCAAUGUUCAGCUGUCGUUUCAGAUACUGAUUUCCAAUAGAGUCAGCAUGUUUCUCCUCUUAACAGAGAGCAAUGUGACGCAGGAGCAGCCCCUCAGUUCAUCUUCCUGCAAUCAGCGAUCAGAUUCGCAACUCAGCGUGCGCCUGGAUGGAGGGAGCAGCAACUGUUCAGGGAGAGUGGAGAUCAAGUGUGAUGGACGCUGGGGUACAUUGUGUGGGGAUUCCUGGGAUAUCGUUGAUGCCAAUGUUGUCUGCAGGCAGCUAAGAUGUGGCUUCGCUCUUUUAACUGCACAUGACACUCCGGAACAACUUAUUGAUUGCCGCACUGUGUCUCUAAGUUUCACUGAAACAUUUGCACGGUGCUUUAAUUAUUUGUUCAGCGCUACAAAUCAUGACUCGUCUAUCGUUCCUUCAACAGAUCUUUCCAUGGUCGGCAAAGGCUCAAGUCUUGGUUUGUACCAAGGAAUUUAUGAUGAAAUUGAGAAUAAUCCUCCUGGCAAGAUGAUUCUUCAGGAAUUUGAACCAGUAGUUUCUGCUUCCAUUGACUCACUCAAUCACAUCGAAUACUACACCAGCCACAACUUGAUUGACAAAAAUCGGGGAACAGAAGAUCCUGAGGUGAACUCCAACAGUAUUGCAGGUCCAAUUCGUAGAGAUUAUGAUGAUAUUCUGUCUGAAGAAGCUGAAUCUCAGGAUGACCUCUCACAACUGGAUAGUGAUGUUGAUGAACACCUCACACUGACAAAUGCUGGCCUUGAAGUUCAUUCACUCGUCAGAUCUCACUGUAUACCAGCAGCUGGGAAGAUGUUUGUAUCCCUCGUGAAAUUACUUCUUCUGCAGCUAUUGAACUGGAGACGCGUCUACUCUCAAGCCGAUAGUGCAGAGACAGUGAGACUGAGACUUGUGAAUGGGGGCAGUCCUUGUGCUGGCCGAGUGGAGAUUCACUACAUGGGAGUCUGGGGGACUGUACAUCAGUCUGAGUGGGAUGAGAAGGACGCUAAUGUUGUUUGUCGGGAGCUGGAGUGUGGGAACGCGGUCUCUGCCCUGGGCAAUGCUCACUUUGGAAAAGGAUCCGGUCCCAUUGUCACCAUUUAUGUUCAGUGCCGCGGGGACGAGCGUGCUCUGCGGGAAUGCCAGUCAGCGGGAUGGGGUCACUACAGCUCAUCACACGACAAUGAUGCUGGUGUCAUCUGUUCAGAACACAGAGCUCCGAGAUUGGUACCUGAAAAUUCCCAAUGUUCCGGUCGACUGGAGGUCCAGAUCGUUGACACCUGGAAAACAGUAUGUGGCCUUGACUGGGAUUUGAAAAACGCCAACGUGGUCUGUGCACAGCUUCGUUGUGGAGUGGCCGUGUCUGUUUCAAGCUCUGCUCAUUCGGGAGGCAGUACUCUGCUCCUGGCUAAUGAGGUCUUUAAAUGUGCGGGCAAUGAGACUCAUCUGGGAAAGUGCCCUCGGGCUUCAAGCACUCACCAGGGUUGCAGUGGACACAAAAAUGUCACCCUGAUAUGUUCUGGAAACCAUGGACCCCGACUGGUGGAUGGGGAGAACAGGUGCUCUGGGCGAGUGGAAGUGCUGCAUGAAAAUCAGUGGGGAACGCUGUGCGGUGAUUCUUUUGGAUUACAAGACGCCAGUGUGGUCUGUGAGCAUCUUCAAUGUGGGGCUGUAAAGUCAAUACCCAGAGAAUUUCGAUCUGGGAAGGGAGGCGGACCAGUGUGGAAGGAAAGCUACAGUUGUCGUGGAGACGAGAGAAGAUUGUGGGACUGUCCAGUUUCGCAUGGAGAAAAUUUCAUGUGUUCACGUGAAAAGGUGGCUCAUGUCGUAUGCUCUGAUGAAAAUUGGGCGCUGAGACUAGUGAAUGGAGGAAGCCACUGUGACGGCCGAGUUGAGGUUUACUACAAUGGAAGCUGGGGCGGAUUACAGGACUCUCGGUGGGAUCGAAACAAUGCUGCUGUUUUCUGCAGACAGCUGGGAUGCGGUUACGCCUUAGAAACAUAUAACUUUUCGAAGUACGGGGAGACUGACAGCCGCUCAUGGUUGCUUGGGGUCCAGUGUCAUGGACAGGAGCCACAUCUCCAGAACUGCAGAUUUGACACAUUCAACUGGUCCAGCUCUGACAGCAGUGGCGUAGGCGUCAUCUGCUCGGAACACUUACAGUUAAGGCUGUCAGAUGGUGGAAGCCCUUGCGCUGGUCGAGUGGAGAUUUAUUACAAAGGGACAUGGGGAUCUGUUUGUGAUGACUCCUGGGAUGUGGUUGACGCUGAAGUGGUUUGCAAACAACUGGGAUGUGGAAAUGCACUGGACAUGACAUUUCCCUCCUCCUAUGGAGCGGGCUCGGGCCCAGUUUGGUUGAAAGAUGUGAAGUGUUCAGGAAAUGAAUCAUUUCUUUGGGAAUGUCCUUCAGCACAUUUGGGUUACCAAGAAGACUGUUCUCACAAAGAAGAUGUGAGAAUUGUGUGCUCAGAGCACAAGGAGAUGCGGCUGGUGAAUGGAAAGCAUCGUUGUGAGGGGAGAGUGGAGGUGUUCUACAAUGGGACCUGGGGAACAGUGUGCUCAAAAAGCCUGGAGUUUCAUGAUGCGGAAGUGAUUUGUAAACAGUUGCGCUGUGGUACAGUUCAGGAUGUUAUGUACGACACUGCAUCAUUCGGAGCAGGACAAGGACAAAUUCGGCUCGAUGGGAUUGAGUGCCAGUCACACGAAUCGACCCUGUGGCAAUGCCGAACAAAUCCGUGGGAUCAACACGAUUGUGAGCACAGGGACGAUGCUGGUGUUGUAUGUUCAGAGACCAGUGUGACGCAGGAGCAGCCCCUCAGUUCAUCUUCCUGCAAUCAGCGAUCAGAUUCGCAACUCAGCGUGCGCCUGGAUGGAGGGAGCAGCAACUGUUCAGGGAGAGUGGAGAUCGAGUGUGAUGGACGCUGGGGUACAUUGUGUGGGGACUCCUGGGAUAUCGUUGAUGCAAAUGUUGUCUGCAGGCAGCUAAGAUGUGGCUUCACUCUGCCGGCCCAAGGAGGGACCGCUGUCUCCCUAGGUGGAGGUGUGAUCUGGCAGAAUGAUGUGAAGUGUAAGGGAAGUGAAUCCUCUCUUUCCGACUGUCUCUCCCCAGCACCAGCUCAAAGGAAGUGUAAUCAGAAGGAAAUUGCUCAUGUGAUCUGUUCUGGACCCGAUGUGUUGACGACUUCCCCUUCACCUCCACCAACGGGACAGGGCAGUCCAUCUAUUUCCAUUCCUGUUGUUGUCUGCCUCACCUUGGGAGUCCUGUUCAUCUGUGAUUUGGUCGCACUACUGGUGGUAAUGCAGAGGAAAUCGCAAAUGAAAGAUCUUUACACGGUCGGCAAAGCCUCAAGUCUUGGUUUGUACCAAGGAAUUUAUGAAGAAAUAGAGAAUAUUCCUCCUGGCAAGGUGAUGCUUCAGGAACUUGAACCAGUAACUUCUGCUUCCAUUAACUCACUCAAUCACAUUGAAUACUACACCAGCCACAACUUGAUUGACAAUAAUCGGGGAUCAGAAAAUCCUGAGGUGAACUCCAACAGUAUUGCAGGUCCUAUCCGUGGCUAUUAUGAUGAUAUAGAGACUGAAGGCGCUGAAUCUCAGGAUAGCCAGUUUCAACUGGACAGUGAUCCUGAUGAGCUCCGCAUACUGACAAAUGAUGCCAGUAAUCUUUGUUCACAUGGUAAAUGACAGAAUAUGCUUCAACGGAGGACGUCCUGAGGCACAUAACACCGCGAGAAGUCGUCCACUUUCAUUUCCAAAAUGCUGAAUAUUUUGUUCUCGG